UUUGCUUCGGUGUUACAUCUGGUCGGUCGGCAGAACAGCACGUUUGGAAAAACCCUGUGGCUGACAUUUGGUUGGCGUUGCCCCUCUACAGUUCCUCAGCAGUCACACAGGGACUUUUCUCCACUCUACACUUCAGGUAGCUCACAGCAGUCGAAGUCAGCAUCUUCUUUCAGCCACGACCAGGUUUUACCGACAUUGCUAACGGUGAGAAGAUUUGGUCCCCCCAGUCCUAAAGCUUCUUGCACAAAUGCAUCAUCCGGAAUAUCAGCGUUUGACAUGGGAAUCAGUCAGGAGGAGUGGGAUAGACUACAGAAGGCUUUUGACUGGCCUGGUCCAGAUCAUGAAAUCACUCAACUGAAUCUGACCACGAGUCCAGUCUACACAACAUUCUCUAUUGUAAGACUCAAUGACACUUACAAAAUAGGCGAUAAAAUCCCUGUUACUAUCACUGCCAGAGAUCACAUCAAGAACUUGAAAACAUAUGGAGGUGACUUUUUCCAAGUAAAGCUAUUCAACUUAAAAUUAAAGGCAAGUGUUUACGGGGAAGUUAUUGAUCAUCGUAAUGGAACAUACACUGUUGAUCUUCUGUUACCUUGGGAAGGACAAGCACAAGUGUCUGUGCGUCUGAUGCACUCCAGUGAAGUUGUGCAGUUUUUUAAAAAGUACCGGGAGUCUUCAUUCCCACGCAACCACUAUUAUGGAUACUUUGUAGGACCAGGGCCCAAUGGAGUCAGGAUAAGUGAAAAAGUGGAGUGUAAUCUUAAAUGGGGCAAUGAUGGAAGUUGGAGUAAAGGCAACUGCUGCUGUGAAUAUAAGGAUGGAAAAUCUGAGACGGUGUGGCAGUGUGAGAGACCAAAACAACUUUACUGUGAUAACUGGGUGUAUCAUGAAAGAGGACCAUAUCAAAGUCCAUUAACUCCUUUAGAGAAGCAACUUAUCACAAGCAAAUUAACAAAUGUUGGGAUUCCUGGAGACACACGCAUUAUAAAUGUUCUUUCCAACUCUUCAAGUAUUGGUGAUGCAGAGAGAUGCAAAUCAGGUCUGACCACACCAGUUCCUGCAGGAUUCUAUUUCCAAGAUGUCUGGAAGUCUUUUGUAUGUAACACUAGAAGGUUUAGUCCUCCACAAAUGGCAGAUUGUCUUGCAAAUAAGAUUCUCUACAUGAUGGGAGACUCUACCACAAGACAGUGGUUUGAGUAUUUUGAAAGAACUGUGCCAGGUCUGAAAAGAUUAAAUCUUCACACCGAUUCCCAGAAUGGACCCCUGAUGGCUCUAGAAUUGAAGAAAAAUAUCAUUAUUCACUGGAGGCCACAUGGACAUCCUCUUCAGUUUCGUAAAAUGCCAGCUGUUGAUCUGCAUUAUAUCAGCAAUGAAAUUGAUUAUAUAACUGGCGGCCGUCAUGCAGUUGUUGUCUUCACAAUAUUUGCCCAUCUGGUUGUUCAUCCGUUAACCUUUUAUGUGCAUCAAGUGGCCAAAAUUCGUCAAGCAGUAAUUCGUCUGCUGAAGCGUGCACCAGAGACUACUAUCAUUAUCAAGUCUGGAAACACUGGAUUAACAAAGAAUGAAUAUGGAAAUGACUGGUACAGGAUGCAGUUGAACACAAUGAUGAGCAAGAUGUUCAGUGAUAUUAAAGGAGUGGUCUAUAUGGAUGUCUGGCAGAUGACUUCAUGUCAUUACUCAAGGGAAGACAUUCAUCCAGCCAGUGUUAUCGUUGGCAAUGAACUUGAUAUGUUGCUCUCACAUAUUUGCCCCUCCUGACACAUGCAAAGAUCCUGAGCAAACCAAUGCUUGAAGAAGGAAAAAAGUUCCGAGAAUCUGAAGCUGACUUCAUGCCCCAUGUUGCUGUGGUUCCGCCAUCUUGGGAGGAAAUAUUUUAUUUUUGGGGCUGUGUGGCUCUGGUUCGAUCUUGUUUUGUUGUCUAUGUCGGACAGCAGAUGAAUAAAGCUACAUUAUACCA